AUGGCACUUCACGGAGCCUUGCGACCCAAUGUGUCUGCAACGAGAAUCCAGAGCGCCGUAGCCAACCUGAACCGCGUCGGUCUGCAUGCCGCAAUCCCCGUGCUGCGCCGUCCCUGUUUCCAAACCCCGAGAUCCUCGCUCGCACUUGCCAGACUCUUGAUGCGACCCAGCCUUGAUGCAUCGGUCACCGGUCGGAGUAUAGUUACUGCGUCUUAUCUUGGUACCGGUUUGGUCUCCCUCGGCCUUCAUCGCAGAGCAUUUGGCUCCUCCAGCGGCAUCUCGCGAAACCAACUGGCAACCCUCGAGGAGUCGGCAAACAGGAACCCUGGAAAUGCCAAUUUGCAAAAUGCCUUCUACCAGCUUUUGCUGAGGGCGAACAUGCCUGGCAUCUUGGUCGAACGUUAUCAGUCUGGACGGUUUGCGACAAACACGACGACCGAAGAAGCAUACAGAAAGGCGCUCGCUGCCCUCAACGCUGGCACCAACAUGACCGCUGGCUCGGCUGCGCAGUCCUCUUUCGCGCGCGGAAACUGGUCUGGCAACGAGCAAAACUUCCCCGGUGUCGCCAAUGGCGGCAACAACCUGGCUACCAGCUCGAUGGGCGGCAAAGGCGAACCCAUCCAUGUUGUUGUCCAGGAGUCGACACGUUCGCUCAUCUUCCGCUGGGUCAAGUUCUUUGCUACCUUCGUCGUGGUCACGUACCUCUGUUUUGCUGCCGUCACCAUCCUCAUCGAGACGCUGAGCACCUUCAGACGCGGGCCGGGAGCCAAAAAUGACUCCGAGGUCAAAGCAGAGAAGCAGACGACUCGCUUUGACGACGUGCACGGUUGUGACGAGGCCAAGGAGGAGCUCCAGGAAGUUGUCGAAUUUCUUCGCAACCCCGAAAAGUUUUCGGAUCUCGGAGCUAAGCUGCCCAAGGGUGUCCUUCUCGUUGGACCGCCCGGUACGGGAAAGACGCUUCUCGCGAGGGCUGUCGCCGGUGAGGCUGGCGUCCCGUUCUUCUACAUGUCUGGUAGCGAAUUCGACGAGAUCUUCGUUGGAGUUGGCGCGAAGCGUGUCAGAGAGCUAUUCGCUGCUGCCAAGGCAAAAUCGCCAUCCAUCAUUUUCAUCGACGAGUUGGAUGCCAUCGGUGGAAAGCGAAAUCCUCGAGAUCAAGCGCACGCGAAGCAGACUCUGAAUCAGCUCCUCACGGAGCUGGAUGGAUUCGAUCAGGACACCAAGAUCAUCAUCAUGGGCGCCACUAACCUGCCAAAGCUCCUCGACAAGGCGCUCACACGACCAGGAAGAUUCGACCGCCACAUCAACGUGGAGCUGCCGGAUGUCCGUGGCCGCCUCGCCAUCUUGAAGCACCACGCGAAGAAGAUCAAGUGCGCCCCAGACGUUGACUUGGAUGCAAUCGCCGCUCGCUCCCCCGGUCGCUCUGGUGCCGAGCUUGAGAAUAUGCUGAAUCUCGCCGCGCUGCGAGCCUCUCGCUCCAGAGCCACCCUCGUGUCCAAGAAAGAUCUCGACUGGGCAUUUGACAGAAUCACCAUGGGUGCCGAACGAAAGUCGAUGGUCAUUACGGAGAAGGAAAAGGAAAUGACGGCUUAUCACGAGGCUGGCCAUGCCCUUGUUCAGCUCUUUGACAAGGAGAGCUCCAGCCAGCUUUACAAGGUUACCAUCCUGCCCAAGGGUCCCUCCCUCGGCCACACCGCCCACGUGCCGCAGAUGGACAAGUACUCUUACACGGCUGCUGAGUACAUGGCGAAUAUUCGAGUGCUUCUUGGCGGCAAGAUGGCCGAGGAACUGCGCUAUGGUGACGACAAGGUCACGUCGGGCGUGUCCAACGAUCUGGAAAAGGCCACGGACCUAAGCUUCAUGAUGGUCACCGUCUUUGGCAUGUCGGACGCACUUGGACCCGUCGAGUACGGACGUCGUUACGAGAACCUAAGCUCCGAGACGAGGUCCGUCAUCGAGGGCGAGGUCCAGAAGUCAAUGAAGAAAUCAUACGAGGAUGUGAGGAAGCUCCUGACGGAGAAGCGAAAGGAGCUUGACCUGCUGGCCGAAGCGCUGGUGCAGUACGAGACGCUCGACAAAUCAGAGGUGGAGAAGGUCAUUCGAGGCGAGAAGCUGGAGGGCCGUAAUAUCGUGCCGAGGGGGCCGUUGGUGUUGCCCAUCCCGGACGAGGUGCCCCACGCCCCCGGACUAGGUGGCCUGCCUCACCCGCACCCUCCCGAGUCUUCCGCUCCCGAGGCCCCCGUGGAAUCUUCGGGCGCAAACAGUUGA